AUGAAUCCACACUCUUCUCCCAUUGCCUCCCCCACCAAGGCAACCGCUUCGAGACACUCCCCGCGACCCUCCACCGACUCUCAUCACGAACCAGCAUCACCUUUCCUACACAAUCUGACCUCUCGACUACGAAAAGGCUCAAAUGCAAGCUCCCUUUCUACUGGUGAGACUUCUUCCAAGAAUCAAGAUCCAAUCACCAAAACCGAGUCCACUCGCUCUGCCAGGCGUGCGGUUCUAUCAUUGGUGCGAACAGACUGGGAAUAUCCUCCCGGCGUCCCUACCACCACUUUGAAUGACUCUGCCAUUCCGAGGGAGCCCCUUGGGUAUCGUGUUCGAGAAGACCCUUACUCGGAUCUCGAGGCGGAAGAAAUCUUCGCAAGGCGCCGCACCAAGAAUGAUCCAUACAAGUUCGAGAGCCCGGACUCAAUAGGUGUUCAUGUCGCAGAGCGGAAACGCAAACGUCAACAAUCUUUGGAAGAAGAACUGACCUGGAACAAAGGCCUUCGAACAUGGUCAGACAGGCGCGAUGCAUGGACUGGCGCAGUCAAGCAGAAGCCGCGAAAGCACGUCUCCCACUCGUCUAAGAGCAACGAGAAGGAGUUUCGGCAUCACAAAUCUCGGCUGUCGCAAUCCAUCACACAUCAACGCAAUGCAUCUGCUUCGACCGAUGGUUCUUGGCCACUUUCGCCUUCUUCCCCUGCGCCAGGAGAGUCAUCGUCCAUCGACUCCAUGGCCGACCAAGUCUCCCCUACGAACGACCAGAACAACCCCUUCUCAGAACAAGGACCGUGGCUACCCGUCUACCCACCACUGAUACCCGAAGAAGAUUCCGCCCGACUACGCAUCAAGCCCGCCGCCUACACAACCAUCUACUCGAAAAUCGUGGUUCAAUCACUCUCCCCUAAUGUCCCCAUCCCACUUACACACAUGAUUCCCGCUCUCGUCGAAGGCUGGAAAGCAGAAGGAAACUGGCCACCUCCACCGUCGAUGCUGCCACCACAAGACCUGAAAAAGGGUCGGAAAUCCUCUACCUUCCUCCGGUGGCGUAAGGAACACCAGGCGGAAAUGAAAGGUGCCGAGGCCGUCACCUAUCACGAGGAUGGCAAGUCUCGAGUUCGUCGGAGUAUUGGGCUGAUGAAGAAGGUUCUCGGCGCAGCUCAUGAUGACGAUGGGUUGGAGGAGCUGGGAAUCGAGUUCCGCGAGCAGGAUGCCGUCGAAAUUGAGAAGAAUGUUGCCUUGAAUAAAGCCUUGGUUUAG